GCUCACGCUCUGUCUCUCUCUGUUUCUCAAAAAUGAAUAAACGUUAAAAAUAAAAAUUUAAAAAGGCAGGUUGCCUCUGCCCGCUGGGACGCCCUGUGACCCCACCCAAGGGCGUCAACGCGUCCCCACCUCCUGUCACCCACUGACUCUGGCAAAGUUAGGGAGGGGCUGUUAGUUUUUAGGGACGAUCAAGCUAAUUUUUUAAAAAAUAUCAUCCUGGUAGACUCUGUUCUGACCCUUUCUGACCACACGAUGACAUGUUGGGCACGUUUCCAAGCGUUCCCGCCUGGCUGGCCGCCAGGACCCGUGGAGGGCAGAGCCUCCAGCCGCCGAGGUGGCCCCCCGGCGCCCCCAAGAUCAGCUUCCCGGUUUCCAUGUUGCGACAUUAACCAAACCACAGAGGUUCUGACACGUCUGUUUCUUCUUUCACGAACCUCCGGGCACAACGGGGGGCCUGCCCGCUUCCUGCUCACGUGCACGGGCGGCAACGACCUUGCCCUCCAGGAAGUGAGGUCAGGCCGAGGCCCGGACAACCUCGGGGCCGCCCCCCGGCCCGGCUCCCCGUCUUCUGCACCAGUUGACCUUCUGUGGUGCUUACAAAGAGCACACGGAGCGUCCCCGAAAGGCCACCGGGUCGGCGCCGGGCUGGGCUCUCGGACCCUCGCAGCCGUCGGAGGCCGGGCCCGCGGGCAGUUCUUCAGGUGCCUAACAAACAGCGGAAAGACUUUCCAGCCCCUUCGCUUUCGGUUUCGUGUGCUCCCUACAACAAGGUUCUGGAAGGUUCCCGAGCGGUGCAGAUGGCAGUGCAGGCCGCCCCCGAGGGCCGUCCACUGGCGCCUCCUGCCCCUGUGUCCCCCCGCGUGGACAGGAAACCGCUCUCUGCGGGAGAGAAACGGAAGCAGAAGCGUCCCCGCCGCGGGAGCAGAGCCAGUAGAGGCACUCGGGGAUGUCACCCGGGGUUCGUCACACUUGGCGCGCGGACCGCCGGAGCCACAACAUUUGAAAACCACUCCGGUCUCACCGACAGAAAGCCAAACUCACCACGAGGCCCUCCCGAGCCCGUGGCCGGAACAAGCAAGGUCAUUCCCACGUGGGCGAGGGGACCCCGGGUCUGAGUACGACGAGCCGGCUCGCGCCCCGCGCCCUCCCCUCUCUGCCCGAGGCCUCCGGCGGACCCUCUGAGGACAGCCCGUGGGUGAGGUCUCAGAGGCCCGGCUGCGUGUGCCGGGCGGACUGCCGGCUCAGCCGACGGGAGGGCUUUCUGCCAGGCCGUCCCUGGCCUCCUGCCAUCCCCUGGCGACCAUAAGUUCACCAAGUCCCUUCAGGGGGACAGUUUGGGAUUCCGGGGUACCCCCAAGCAGUAGUGAUGUGGGAAGCGAAGGCAGAAGAAAAACGUGAAUUUCCUCACUGUCUACACCCCACUGACAGUCCUUGAGACAGAGUGACCCUCCUCCAGGGCCCCAGCUGCCUCGAUGACGACGCUUUGCUCAGGGCAAGAGGCAGCCGUAGCUUCACGUUAGCCCCACGUCCGGGGUCCCGUAUGUCUGCUUUACCACCUACACGUUCCUCUGGAAACUUCCUUUAUCUCUGCCGCCCAGAUACAUGCUAGCAAUCCUUUCCGAGCUUAUGGUCCCCGGAUGUGCACCUGAAGGGUCUCAUGACCGAGGUUUUACUGAACAGUAAUAAGUGACCUUAUCCUAGCAGCAGCUAGCCCCUGGUUUCCAAAGUC